AUGUUAAUUGGGUUGAUAAAAUUGGUGUUGAUCGCGAUGCUGAAAACGAUAAUUUUGUUGAACAAGAUCAAGACUUCUAUCCUGUUAAAUUAGAAGACAAAAUCUUCAAUAAAGAUCUAACUAAUCAAAGUAAUUUAAACAAAGUGAAAUCUGGUGAAUGUGAAGAGUUGACAAAUUCCAAUACUAAUGAAAAUUAUAUAAAUGCCGAUGAAAAUGAAUACAGUGAUCAUGAUGAUAAAGUUGUUAAUAUGGUUCAGAAUAUUUGGAGACAAGUGGAGAAGGAGAAAAAUUGUACGAGGAAGAGUGCGAUGAAUUUGAUGAACCAGAAUAUUGUCCGAUUUCCCAUCUUAUUACUAUUCUUGAAAAUGGCUGUCAUCUUUAUUCAAUUCCACCUCCUUCACUCCCACUGGCUGAAUAUCAUUUCUGCGUGGUUUCAGCUCUAGUCGAUCCAAGUGAAUUUUACAUUCAUUUAUUCAAUGACACUUAUCAAUUGGAUGAUAUUCAAGAACAAUUGUCCAAUCAUUUUGCUAUCAUUCAAUUUGAUGAUUUAAAAUCAGAAAUAAAUUUGCAGCUUGCUAACAAGUCAAAUCAAAUUCAUUUGACUUGCUUUCAGUUAAACGCUCAUCAUCAAUCAGCUCAAUCGACGAAGAGAUUCCUGAUGAUUGGGAUCCAAUGAAAGAAGACCAUAGGGCUUUGACAAAUACUUAUGCAUUUGACCCUUCGGAUACUGGAACAGCAAUUUUAGGAUACAAGAGUGGAGAUUUGGAUAAAGUUUGCCAACAUUUUUUGAACGGUUAUUGUAAAUAUGGUGAAAGCUGUGUUUAUAAACACUUGAAAAAUGAUCAAAUGGAUUCCUUGGACACUGAAGAAGUGCUUAUCGACACUUUUCAAUCAGAGCUCGUCAAAGUAGGAAUGAGCUUGAAAGCGAUUGUAACUGAAUGUUUAAGCCCAUAUUCCCUUUAUGUUAAACCUACUGAGGACAUAUUUCUUGAACAGAAUUUUGAGUCGAGAGUAGGUGCUCAUUAUGAUUUCAUCGAUCCAACAUUGGAAAAUUACCUCAACUUAACCAAGGAAAUGACUGACUUCUAUCGAAGAGCAGAAAACAAGGAAAAUUUCUUAAUUUAUCCAGCGAUUGGAAGUCUUGUUGCUGCUAGAAGUGAUUCUGUCUUCUUUCGUGGAAGAGUGAUAGACAUGAGCUACGACGAGGACGAACUCCAUAUCAUGAAUAUCGACACAGGAGUUGAGUUGAUGGUUGAUAGAAGAGAAGUCCUUUCAUUGAAACCAAAAUUCGCAACAUUACCUCCAGCCGCUGUUCACUGUGCUGUCAAUGUUCCUCGAGGAAUAUCCAUUACUGACCAAGUCAUGGAUAAUUUCAGAGAUUUGAUUCUUCAUAAAAGGUUUAGGGUUCAAUUUGUUGACAAGGACAUGGAAGAUCGCUACAAAAUAAACCUAUUCAACAGGGACGGAGAACCAUUUGUCAUCGAUUGGGAUCUUUUAUAAGUAAAUUUACAAUGACUAAACAAAUAAUUUGUUAUUUCACAGUUUAUUAAUAAAUUAAUGUUUAAAAUUUAA